AUGAGCUUGAUCUACUGUGCUGUGCUGUUUCUGAUCACCGUCUCCCUAGCAACCGGUGCGAUACACUCUCCGACCGUAGUAGUGGAUAAAGAUUUGGUGCUAUCUUCCGUGUACGCCGCGAUCCGUGGUAACAGUCUAGACUCGCAAGAAGAUAUUAAAGAUGUGGACGAGGCCAGGAACAAGCGCAAUGUUCGCUAUUACACAUACGAGGAUCCGACUGGAGAUGAUUUGUUUCCCGGAUACGGGGAAAUCGUACAUCCGCCCAUGCCAAACGGUGCCGGAGGAAGCGGUGGUGGUGGUGGAAAACUGUGCAAACCCGAUCUCUCACCCGCAGUCCAGUCGAUUAGCAUCUCCGACCACAGCUGGACCGGUAUCGGAACAUCGAUCAUUCACGCGCUCAAGUAUCUGAUUGCGGGCCUAGCAAUCGUGACGCUUCCGGUGCUACUGCUGCAGGCGUUCAUCGUACCGUUGAAAAUCCUGAUGGGAUUAAAAUCGGUGGCCAUCGCCAAUACGGCCGUGCUCGGUGCUUUCCUGUGGAAAUAUCUUAAUCGGCACCGGCGGAACGAGGAUGACGAUGACGAUGAAGAGGAGGAGGUACAGCCAGCAGGAACAGGUGGUGGUUCGGGUGGUUCCAAUGAUGUAGGUGGGAUUAACGGUAAUGACCACCGAUUCUUUCCGUUUCGUGCGGAGGAUUUUGAAAGCAUGAAUGAGGAGGAGAUUAAGACCGCGCUCAAAUUGCUGCUGAAACGGAAUAAACGAUGGUGA